AUGGCUGCUACAGUCAUGUUUGGAUCUAACCAGAUUUCAAAAGAUGCAGUUCUUCAUUCUCUUAGGGAGUUAGCAGGAAAAUCAUCUGAGCAAGUUUUUGUGAACUGUGUUAAACUCCCAAGUGAGUCAGUGGUGGAGUUCUUUACUACUUUAUGUAAUGUCUCAGCUGAAGAAGUGAAGCAGGAUCCAGCUUGUGUUUUUAGCUUGCAGAAGCUGGUUGAGAUUAGUUACUACAACAUGGUCCGUAUCCGUAUGGUAUGGGCGAGAAUAUGGUCUGUUUUGGCUAAUCAUUUUAUUGAUGCUGGUAGUGAUCAUGAUGAGAAGAUAGCAAUGUAUGCUAUAGAUUCUCUAACGCAAAUUGGGAUGAAGUAUCUGGAACGUGCAGAGCUUGCUAAUUUCACAUUCCAUAAUGACAUCUUGAAACCAUUUGUUGUUUUAAUGCGAAAUAGACGGAGUCAAAUAAUCCAAAGAUUAAUCGUGGAUUGUAUCGUUCAGAUGAUAAAAUCAAAAGUUGGAAGCAUUAAAUCUGUUUGGAGAAGUGUUUUCAUGAUUUUCACAGUUGCUGCAGAUGAUGACCUCAUUAUAAAUGGAUUUAUAAGAGAGGGUAGUCUUAAUUCCACAUUGGCUAUUUAUACUUCAAUGCAUGAAUCCGGUGUUACCCCUAAUGUUUUCACAUACACAUCUUUAAUAUACGAAUUUUGCAAAUUCAAGAACAUGGAUCUUGCUUUGGAAAUGAGGAAUGAGAUGAAAAGUAAAGGACUUGAAUUAGAUAUUGUGACAUAUGGUGUUUUGAUAGAUAGAUUUUGUAAAAAUCGGGACAUGGGAAGUGCAGAUGAAAUCUUUAAUGAGAUUCAUCAAGUGGGAUUAUCUCCAAACACAACAGUUUAA